AUGGAACAAUUGAAUGUGGGUGGUCCCCUCUCGAGGUGGUGGUCCCAUACCACGACCACUUACUCGCCCACAACAAUCGAGUUCUUUGGCAGCGCUGCCGUCCUCUUCAUCGGGUUCUGGGUGCCGUCUCUUAUAUUCACCUGGAUGGACACUCUCGGCCCGAAGCACAUCCCCUGGCGCAAGAUCCAGGCCCCGGCUAGACAGCCCCAGUACGCAGCCGUGAAAAAGGGACUUGUCAAUUCCCUGCAAAAUCAGCUCCUUACGAGUGUGCUGCAUCUGGCAUACCUAGGCAUGCUGCACUUUUUCACUUCGGGUGCAAAGACUACGAUAUACAAUGUCGAUUCCGCCCUCCCAUCCCCUACCCGCAUGGCCCGGGACAUUGUCAUCAGCAUCGUGCUGCAAGACAUAAUCUUCUACCACUCCCACCGCGGCCUGCACCACCCCAAGAUUUACCGGCACAUCCAUAAGAAGCAUCAUGAGUUUACAACCCCGAUCGCCUUGGCUGCCCUCUACGCCCACCCUGUCGAGUACUUCCUCUCCAAUAUCCUCCCCGUCGCCCUUCCGCCUGCGUUGCUGGGAGCGCACGUUGUGACCUUUUGGUUUAUGUUAACGUGGGCUUUGUUGCUUGCUAUUAUUGCCCAUUGCGGAUAUGAGCUCCCGCCUAUUUAUGGCUGGAAUAUGGAGGUCCAUGACAUGCAUCACGAGCUAUUUGUGGGCAAUUUCGGUACCAUUGGGUUUUGCGACGUGCUUUAUGGGACGAGAUUGACGGAUUCUAAGGCUACAAGGGUUGCGAGAGACAGGUUGAAGGAAGAUACAACGGAGGACACCAUCACCGCAAAGAACAUAAGUAGCAGCGCAUUCAACCCGCUUCAGAGAAACGGUCUUGGAUUAGAGCAAGGAGACUGGCAGGGAUUUUUCAGCCAUCACACGAGGCAUCACUGA